GCGCGUAUCCACGCGCCGUGCACGCAGUACAACACGUGUGAGUGGAUUCGUUAUUCCUGUAACUUUUUCUGUUUCCAGUAUCCAAAUAUUCCACCAAAUUAACACAAAUCAACAAAUAUGAGUGCAGACAGUACAGCAGAGGUAGCAGUAGAGCAGGCUCCUGAGGAGACCCCUGAAGCAGUGACAGAUGGAGGUGAUGCUACACAAGCAGAAGAGAAGAUGGAGGAAUCAACAUCAGCUCCAUCAGAAGAGACAACAGAAGGUACAACAGAAGCUGCAACAGAAGGUUCAACAGAAGCUAAGAAAGAAACGGGUAUGUCAGGGACCGUAGCAAAGCACUACAAUGAUCUAAGAGAAGGAACAUUGUUUGACAGAGCCAGGAGCAGAAUUUACUACCAACGAAAUUUCAAUAACUGGAUAAAGAGUAUGAUCAUCGCAAACUCACUGAAGGCUGUUAACAGAAAGAAAGGUUGUACAGUACUUGAUCUUUGCUGCGGGAAAGGAGGAGAUCUUCUCAAAUGGACCAAAGGAAACCUCAAGAAAUUAGUCUGUGCAGAUAUCGCAGCUGUGUCAGUACAACAGUGUCAGAAGAGAUACAGAGACAUGGCAGACAGGAAUAGACGUACUGGUAAUGCAAAGACCUUUGCAGCAGAAUUCAUUGCAGCAGAUUGUGCUGAGGUGAUUUUAUCAGAACGCUACCAAGACAAAGACAUCGUCUUUGACCUUUGCAGCUGUCAGUUUUCCUUCCAUUACUCAUUUGAGACUGCUGCCAGGGCAAGGACUAUGCUCAGGAACGCCUGUGAGAGACUGCGACCCGGUGGAUACUUUGUCGGAACCAUUCCUAAUGGAUACGAGCUUGUAUCAAGGUUAAAAGCGAGUGAAGAUCUGUCAUUCGGCAAUGAUGUGUACAAGGUCACCUUUGAGAACAAAGAUUCUUUCCCACUCUUUGGAUGCAAGUAUGAUUUCCAUCUUGAGGGUGUAGUAGAUUGUCCUGAGUUCUUGAUCUACUUCCCUCUCCUUGAAGAGAUGGCUAAAGAGUUCGAUAUGGAAUUAGUGUACUUCAAGAAGUUCCAGGAAGUGUAUGAAGACAAUUGUGGUGAAACAGACAACCAAGCUCUCAUGUCAAAGAUGCAAGCUCUUGAGCAAUACCCUCCUGAGAAGGGCACCCCACCUGCCAGUAAGAAAGAUGAUGACUACAGCCAUGCUGUUACCAGGCAUACAGAGGUCAUGGGUAUGGAGAAUGAAGAGAAGAAACCAACAUCCAUCGGCACCCUUUCCAAGUCCGAAUGGGAGGCAUCUAGCCUCUACUGUGCCUUCGCCUUCAAGAAAGCUGGUGACUUCGAGGAAGAGGAAGAGGAGGAGGCGGCACCUGCUGAAGAGGAGAAGAAGGAGGAGGAAGAGAAGACGGAAGAGGUUGCCAAUGGCAACGGCGACGAAGCUGCCGAAGCGGAAGGCGAAGGUGGGGAGGAGGGCGGAGCCGAGGCAGAGGCAGAAGCAGAGGCUGAAGAAGGAGGUGGAGAAGAAGAAGCUCAAUGAGUGGGGAAAGGAAUCCAUACUACCUGAUUGAUUAUGAAUACAGGAUGAGCAUCUGAAGGAAUACCACAUAAGAAAAGUAAAGUCAUCCGCAGGAUUUAAACCAAUGAAGACAUUCAGGGGAAAGGAAAUUAAAGGCAUGGUUAAAUAUGUACCUUUAAAUCAAUACUUAAUGGGCACACAGUCCUCUUUUGAGAGACAGAAGAAUUUAAAUCAUACAUUUAUAAAGGAGUUAUUGGCCUUCUGUUUCUCAACAGAGUGUGUGUUGGUUCACCUAUUCAUGUUGUAUAUUUCUUGUGUGUUUUUUUUUUAUCAAGGACACCAUUGAAUUUUCAAUUUUCAUUUGUCUUGCUUUGUAGAUUUCAGUUUGUAACAUGUGAAUACUCAAUAAGAUUAUGCUCCGUUUGAGUUCAUUUUUUUUUAAAGAAAAUAAAUGCAAAUUGACAAGGUGCAGUUUGCUGAUAUAUGCCAUCCAAGCACUUGUCUCAAUUUCACUUUCAUUUAUCAUAGAAAGAUUUAUGGUGUGAUAUGAGGGCCCGUUUAGCAUGAAUGGAUGUCAAAUGAUGGAUAUAAAGUAGGAUACAUGUGAUGUUUGUCACAGAAACUUCGUAUGUUUUGAAAUUGAUCUCAUCCUUUUCAAGACCACCCCCCUUGAUGGUGUAGAAAUCUUCUCAGCUUGCAUAGAAACUAUUAUUUUGCAUAUAUAUUUGAAUCUUACAAUUUGUCCUAAAAUAUAUUUUCAUUGGAGGUUAUUAUUUUCUCUUUUAAAAAUACACUACUGUUUUUGUAUUGAGGAGUUUUUUUGGAAUUAAAACGAAAAUUAGGAUUGUUGCAUCUUGUAUAAAAGCUAUCAUAUAAAUCCAUUUUUGUUUGUGUGUAAUGCAGAAGUCUAUAGUGUACGUAUGGUAUACUCUAUCAAUCAAGGAGGGUUUACCAUCAUUGAAUACAAGUGUGUACAUAGAAUGUAUAUGUUAAGUUGAGAAUGAUAUGCACAAUGAAUUGUUAUUGAUCCCUGUGAAGAGCUCUGAUUUCCUAAUGUUACGUACCAGCUCAGGAUUGUUGUUUUUAUUUUCCCCAAAGUUGACAGGUCCUUGCAUUACAAGAUCUAUUUAUGUAAGGUGUGUCAUUCUCCCAGCCUCAUUAACACCAUUUGAGCCUCAGUUUAUUACCAUCCCAUAGAAAUUUGCGUUUAACGAUUAUUCGUGUUUCUGUCAGUUUCCGAGAAUUAAGGCUCUUCAUGAUUUUGUGAAAUAGGUCCCGAGCGGGAUGUUUCACAUAUUAACUUAAGUGUAACAUAAGCAUGUGUCUCCUCAGAUGCAUUGGCUAGUGCGGAUGUGGUAUUAUAACCUGCAUAACAAGAAGUCAAGAGCGACUUUACCUCACACUUAAAUCUUUGUGAAAUAUUCCACGGUUUCCAGUUUAGAUACAAUUCUGCAAUACUAUGCAUCUUAGAUGGCAUUCACCUUCAAAUAGGCAAAGCAUGGGAGAUUUCAGACACGCCAAACAUACCUACUUAAAAUGUGUAAAGGAAAUGGAUAGAUUGCAGUUGUGUUUAUAUAGUCCCACCUAUUCUUUAUCUUGUUAUCAGUGAACCAGAUUGGUUUGUAUUAUGUUUUCAUCUGUCCAUGUAAUUCAGAAGUAGAACUGGGGACCAUUCCAUGAAAGUUGUCAGCACUGACAAGUUGUCGAUGGUUACCAUGUAUUUACAGUCUAAAACCUACACUUCUUGGCCAUUCAAAACCAAGAGAAGAUGUCAUGGUCCCGUCUUACAAAGAGUUAAAAUUGAUCCAAUCAACCUCAAUUCCAUGGAAAUCCAUCGUCAUAAUAUUUUCUCCAAGAAAUUUGAACAAUGUCCUUUGUAAACAAAUUGAAGCACACUGAAUUGUCAAGAAAACCAUGAAUGUAUGAAUAUGCAUUAUAGUUAGAAACUAUUUUUAACAAACAUGCAUAAUAGGUAUUGAUGUUGCUGGCUUUCCAUAGUUUUGGUUGAUUGGAUCAAUUGCAACUAUUUGUAAGACGGGGCCCAGAUCUGAUAAUGUUGAUGAAACAGAACGUUCCCCAUAUGCAAGCCCAUUCUAUUGGUGUUCAGACCUAAUCGGAUAAUCCAUCAUCAUAAUUUUGUAAAUUUGAGGCUCUGCUUUGAUGAAUGUAUCAUCUACAGACAUCCUUCAGGUGAUCAAUGCCGUUACAUCACAACAAUAACUUCUUUGAAUAAAUAAAUUUCACACAGAUAAUAUUCACAAUCGAGUAAGAAAUCAUGAAAUGUUGUGAUCUUACCUUGAAAUUCUACAUUAUGUUUUGCUUUUUAUCAGUUUUAUACUGGGGGUCCAUUGCAGAAAAAGUUGCAUUUAAACACAAGUCAAAAAAUCAAUUGCAAGUCCCAAAUGCACGCUGUUGAUUGGUUGAAAAUCAAGUUGCGAAUGAUGUUUAGAGUUGUGAUUGAUUGCAACUCUUCCUGCAACAGGCCCCUGGUCAGUUAAAACAAUUUUAGCCACCAUAGUGUGUUAAGACAUAAAAUGUGAUAUGUAUUUCUUUUACUAGCAUAUUCUCUGUAAGGAUGUUGGCAGGCACUCCUUGCCUGUCUUGGCUUUGCAAUAGGCUAAAUAUGCAAACCAAACCAUGCCAAUCUAUGUACAUGUAUAUUAUUACACUGUUUAAUUGGAAACACAUAGUACUUCAUGCAAUACAAGUUACAAUAUCAAGGAUUAGCUCCUGUGUGAUAUUACAUGCUACAUAUUGGAUUAUUGUACGUUGUUUCAUUGUUGUGUUUAUGGUUCAUUUUAGAUCAGUGUUAACAACGGCAUGAUUGAAACUUUUAAAGACUUAUUUUUCAAAAACUUAUUUUCAGUGCCUUUCCUUGAAAGAGUGACAUACUUAUUAGUUCAAAACAUAUUCUCUUACUCUCUUACUCCUAAAUACCAUUUUAGGAGCCAAGAGAAAAAACUUUAAAAAAUAUCAUUGACUUGGAGCAAGUACCACAAUUGUUGGUGACUGAUCUUGUGAUUGAUCUUGGGGAUUUAUAGUAGAUUGUGGUCAAUGUAAUCAAUCAUUGUUCUGAAACUAAUUGCAAAGCUUAGUGUGAACUGACCCUUGACUGAGUCUGUAUGCUCUGCAUCCUCAAAGCACUGUACGUAUUGCAAUCCAAUCGUACGGGGAAUUUUCUCGCGCUUUUUACUUCUACAGACGAUGUCUGCCACACAAACUGGCCAAAUUUUGUUAUUUAUUGCUGUUUGUGUUUUAGCAAGAAGUGAUCGAGUUAUGUACAUAAUUAAGAUUUAAAAAAGUGACAGUUGGUUGGUGACUAUAUCAUUUUCUCUGAUAUCUGUUUAAUGUUAUGCAAUCUUCUAAUAUGCUCUAUUUAGGGGAAGGGGUGAAUUCAUUGACUGUCUGUAUUAUAUCUAAAUUAUGAUACUUUUGAUUGAAAGGGCUUGUAGAAUUUUAUUUUUACUGAAGGAAAUUCCUCUUUCUGCUUCCCUUACAUAUAUGAAGUAUGAUUCGGAAGCAUUUAUUAAUAUUUCUGUAGCGUGUGAUUUGCCCUACUGCUGAAGGGAGUUCAUGGAUCGAUAUCUUACACUUAAGACUACACAAGGUAGAAUAGAAACGUGUGUGAAACAUACAGGAAUUUCUUUUGUUACUAUAAAAUGCAUUCCUUUACAUGAUCUAAUGAUGUUAAUAAUAAAGAUUCAGGGAGCUGACAUAGAAUUGAUUUAAGAGCAAGCAUUUGCAUAUAGAAGUUGAAUGGAAGUGUCAAUAACUGUUGCAUGGCGUAGGGAUGGGAAAGUUCGUAUGAACAAAUUGUUAUAAUAAGAUUGUGAUGUUGUUGUAUAGGGGUUUAACAACCCACUUUUGAUGUGAUAUUAUUUUGAAUUCCCAACUUUGUGUGGGCGUUUAUUUUUGCUUCUCUUUGGUAAUGUAUAGUUUUGAUCAGUGGUGUAUGAAAAUAAGGACACUGCGGAAGUUUCCUCCCAUGAAAUAUUUCCCUCCCAUUUUUCGUUGAUGUACAUUGCUCUGUUUUUUUUGGUAAUUACUUGAGGAAAAAAAUGCGUAACAAUUUUUGUAGUAUGGCUCAGAAUUCUGUAAAGAAUUUUAAAUGUUGUAGAAGUGUAACAAUAGCUCAAUUAAAAAGACUGGAAUGUAUUCUAAAUUCGA